GAGAACCCGAUACUUGGAAUGAGAAUAUUGCCAUCAUGAGUCAACAAGGCUAUGUUGCAGCUCCUCCAUAUUCCCAAUCCCAGCCAGGCAUAGGAGGCUUUUCUGCAGGUUUUGGACCACCUAAUUCUUCACUUCAUUAUGGGCAUUACGGGGACCCUAACUCCUCAUACUCAGUACCUCAACCAGGUGUGUCGAAAUCAACUGUGCCUUUUGGAUCUUCAGCUCCUGUUGGGCCUCCACCACCUGGUACACAUCAAUUCAGCCAGACCAACUUCCAAAAUGGGCCCAGUACACCAGGGCAACAGCCACAUAGGUUUCCAGGCCCUCCACCUCCAAGCAAUACAGGAUCUUCCUAUCCUCCCUGCAGUCAGCAGUCACAACCAGCCUACCCAAAUACUGCAUCCACUUCACCUACAGCACAACUUGCUAACCAGCUCAACAGCAUGCAGAUAAACAGCUAUGGUCCUGGCACUACUCCCAGCUCUCGCAUGUCUUCUGGGCAUCCAGCAUCUUUUCAGGGUCCACAGCUACCACCACCAACCCAGCAGCAAAUCCCUUUACCACCUGGAUCACAGGUUCCUCCACCAGCAAAUAAUGGCCUUUGUGCUCAACCAUCAUUGCCUCCUAUGGCCAGACAAGAUGGAAUCCCUGGGCCUGGAGCUGUCCCCCCAAAUCCUAACCUGCAACAGCUUUCAGGACAGCCUCCAGGGCCUGGAUAUCAUCCUCAGCAAGCAAACUAUGGUGGCCCUCAGAUGGCAGGAUCUCAGCUGUCUUAUCCUGGUGCUUUCCCUGGGGGUCUGGCACAGCUCCCAGGUCCACAGCAGAAGAAGCUUGAUCCUGACUCUAUUCCAAGCCCAAUUCAAGUAAUUGAAAAUGAUAAGGCUUCUCGGGGAGGGCAGAUCUAUGCUACAAACACAAGAGGACAGGUUCCUCCUCUUGUCACCACAGACUGCAUAAUCCAAGACCAAGGCCACGCCAGCCCUCGUUAUAUCCGAUGUACUACCUACUGCUUCCCACUGUCUUCAGAUAUGGCCAAGCAGGCUCGCAUUCCACUGGCAGCUGUCAUCCAACCUUUUGCUAUUGUUCCACCAAAUGAGACACCUCUUUAUGUUGUAAACCAUGGUGAGACUGGACCAAUCCGAUGCAACAGGUGCAAAGCUUAUAUGUGUCCCUUCAUGCAGUUUAUUGAAGGUGGAAGAAGAUACCAGUGUGGAUUUUGCAAUUGUAUAAAUGAUGUCCCUCCAUUCUUCUUUCAACAUCUGGACCACAUUGGCCGACGAGUAGACCACUAUGAAAGGCCUGAGUUAUCUCUGGGAUCUUAUGAAUAUGUUGCUACUUUGGAUUAUUGCCGAAACAACAAGCCUCCGAAGCCACCAGCUUAUAUCUUCAUGAUUGACGUAUCAUACAGAAACAUAAACAGUGGCCUCGUUAAACUCAUAUGUGAUGAACUGAAGACUCUGCUAGAAAAGCUUCCAAGAGAAGAGCAAGAAGAAUCCUCAGCAAUUCGAGUUGGUUUUGUCACUUACAACAAGGUCCUCCACUUCUUUAAUGUAAAAAGCAGCUUAGCUCAGCCUCAGAUGAUGGUGGUCUCAGAUGUUGGAGAAGUUUUUGUUCCUUUGCUGGAUGGUUUCCUUGUUAACUUUCAGGAAUCACGAUCUGUUAUUAUCAACUUGUUGGACCAGAUUCCAGAGAUGUUUGCAGACACUAACGAGGGUGAGACCAUCUUGGCUCCUGUUAUCCAGGCUGGCAUGGAGGCACUAAAGGCUGCAGAAUGUGCUGGAAAAUUGUUUAUCUUUCAUUCUUCAUUGCCAACUGCGGAAGCACCGGGGAAGCUGAGAAACAGAGAUGACAAAAAACUACUCAAUACAGAUAAAGAAAAGACACUCUUCCAGCCCCAGGUAAAUUCUUACGAGGCCUUAGCCAGGGAUUGUGUGGCUAACGGCUGCUGCGUGGAUUUGUUCCUCUUCCCGAAUCAGUACGUGGACGUAGCCUCCGUGGGUCUGGUCACAAUGUACACUGGAGGAACACUGUACAAGUACAACAAUUUCCAGCUCGAUGCUGACAGCCCACAGUUCUUAAGUGACCUCAGGAAGGACAUAGAAAAAAAGACCGGAUUUGAUGCAAUAAUGAGGGUCCGGACAAGCACAGGCUUCAGGGCAACGGACUUCUUUGGUGCCAUUUACAUGAACAACACCACAGAUGUAGAGAUGGCAGCAGUUGACUGUGACAAGGCAGUGACAGUGGAGUUCAAACAUGACGACAAACUGAAUGAAGACAGUGGAGCCUUAAUUCAGUGCGCUGUCCUUUACACGUCGAUAAGCGGGCAAAGAAGACUUCGCAUACACAAUAUAGGUUUAAAUUGCAGCUCCCAGUUAGCUGAUGUCUACAAGACCUGUGAGACAGAUGCGCUUAUCAACUUCUUUGCUAAGUCAGCUUUUAAAGCCGUUCUAAGCCAACCACUGAAGACGGUCAGAGAGAUCCUGGUGAAUCAGACAGCUCACAUGCUGGCGUGUUACAGGAAGAACUGUGCCAGCCCCUCGGCAGUAAGCCAGCUCAUCCUUCCGGAUGCGAUGAAGGUGCUGCCGGUGUACAUGAACUGCCUGCUGAAGAGCUGCGUGCUGGUUGGCAGACCGGAAAUUCCAACCGAUGAGCGAGCUUACCAUCGACAGCUCGUCAUGUCUAUGGGGGUAGCCGACACGCAGUUGUUUUUCUACCCCCAGCUUCUGCCAAUUCACAGCCUGGAUCUGAAGAGCGAUGCCACCCCAGCUGCCGUCCGCUGCUCUGAGGAACGUCUCUCGGAAGGAGGGGCCUUCCUUCUGGCCAACGGUCUGAGUAUGUUCCUGUGGCUGGGAGUCAGCACACCCCCGGAGCUCAUCCAAGGGCUUUUCAAUGUGCCAUCCUUCGCACACAUCAGCACGGAGGCUACAUCACUGCCUGCCCUGGACAAUCCCUUUUCUCUGAUUAUAGUGAAACAACGGGAGCAGCCAGAGAUGCUUUUCCGACAGUUCCUAGUAGAAGACAAGAGUAUUUAUGGAGGAGCAUCUUACGUGGAUUUCUUAUGCUGCGUUCACAAAGAGAUCUGCCAGCUGCUCAGCUAA